CUGUUUCGUUCCUCUUUGUUCGGCUGGUAAAUUAAACCCCGCAACAACGAUUUUGUUCCUUUAACACAAAGUUCAAGUGUACUUUAAGGUCUAGCUUCUUUUUGGUAUUUAAAUUUUUCUCUAAAUUAGUGUCAACCUAUUUGUGUAACAGCUGUUUUUUUUUUUUUUUAAAGGAAAUCAAAUAUUAGUUUUGAAAGGGGGAAAUGUAAGAUGGCGGACGUUGUGAAGGGUGGUUUGUCAGUUUGGGGAUAAUAGGGUAGGGCAGGUUCGUUUAAGUGAUUUUGAACUGAAUUUACUUAAAUAUUUGACUAUUGGAUAGUGUUUAUAUUAUACUAACUGAUGACUUUUGUAGUGUUACAUAAGAAAACAUCGCCGGUUAUGUCGUCGACCAAUAGCUACUUGUCAAUCGGCAAUUUUCCAAUAUAGCGACAAUCUGUAUCGUUUCAAAAACGAGAAUUAUUUCAAGUCGUAAAGGAUAAAGGAUCACCAUAAAGAAAAUGGGAGAUCCUCGUAAAAGACGUAUUUACUUUGCCCAGCUCGGGGCCAUGCUAAAAAGGAACCUUUUGUUGAAGAAAAGGGACAAAAGAAGAACGAUGGCGGAAGUUCUUCUGCCAAUUUACACCCUUGGAGUUUUGUUCCUGAUAAAAGUCGCAGUGCCAAAUCCAAAUUUUCCCGAAAUCAAUCAACCGAGAGGUGGCGCAGAGCUAUUGGCAAAUUUUAGGAAUAUCAGUCAUACAGUAGCGGUAGUACCAAAUUCCACUGAUGUACAGGUAAUAGAUUUUCUGAAAACAGUUGACGUUCUCUGGGACGACAUAAACAAAGACCAAAACACAAAAGUACCACCCAUCGCUUGGGUAGUAUACCCUUCAACUGAAGACUUACUAACGGCCUAUUGGAUGGAACCUAACGAUAUACCUUUAGCUGUGAUAUUUCAUAGUCCUGAUCCUAUCAAUGGACCACUGAGCUACACCAUCCGGACAAAUCCAAACUUAUUUGGUACUCCCUCAACGAUACAACUUUAUGGAUCUCAAACCAGUUGUAGAGAGUACAACUCUUUUUGGCAAAGCGUCCCAGGAGUACCUACUCCUGUUUUGCCUGAAGGCUUGGAAAUUGGCGAUAGCUGUCCAGUGAAUCAGUAUUAUUAUUCGGGAUUUUUGGCUCUGCAGGCUCUAAUGGAUUUUACUAAAAUAAGAUUGGAUGCGGGGAUUGAAAACCUGGCAGUUCCAAAAAUUGUUCUGGAAAUGUUUCCAAAACCAUUUUUUACCGGCAACUGGAUGGUUAUAGUGCGAGUGGUUAUACCGCUGUACACUGUGAUAGCUCUAUCUCAGUUUAUCACUUAUCUUCUUAUACUAAUAGUUGGAGAAAAGGAGAAAAAAAUUAAGGAAGGGAUGAAGAUUAUGGGCCUAUAUGACUCAGUUUUUUGGUUAUCCUGGUUCAUAAUUUAUGCUGCCUUCGUGCUGUUACUGACAAUAAUCUGCUGUACUCUACUGUUUGCUUUAAAUAUUUUUACCAACACCAGCUUCAUUCUGGUAUUUAUGCUUAUUUUUAUGUAUUGUUUAAGCAUAAUUAUGUUUGGAUUUAUGCUGACCCCAUUUUUUGAUAAAUCCAGGACAGCUGGUAUUCUAGGAAACUUUGCAGUUACAAUCCUAAGUUUGCUCUACUUUAUUCAAGUCUUCGUAAAAGAGUCGAGUUCAGUAGCCUUAUGGAUAGUUUCUCUGAUAAGUCCUGCAGGAUUUGCUUUAGCCAUGGAUAAGGCAUUUAUAAUGGACUUAGCUGGUGAAGGUGUAAACAUAUCCAAUAUCUGGACCGGUCCAGGCAUGCCUUUUGGUGGUAGUUUAAUUAUGAUGGCUGUGAAUAUAGUUUUGUAUGGUUGGAUUGCUUAUUAUUUGGAUAGCGUUAUACCAAGUGAAUAUGGUGUUAAAAGAUCUCCAUUUUUCUGCUUCAACCCUCGAUUUUGGUGUAAAUCUAAGCCAGCAGACAAGAUUCCUUUGACCAAUGGUGAAUCCUUAGGUUCAGUAGGUUCUCUAAAUACAGGUGAUGAAGGUCUGGCCGAUUUUGAACCAGUACCUAGGGAAAUGAAGGGGAAGGAAGCUAUUAAAAUUGUCGAUUUGUAUAAGAGCUUCAAGCAGUUUCGUAAACCUGAGGUCAAAGCCAUUAACGGUAUUAAUUUGACUAUUUAUCAAGGCCACAUAACCGCUAUUUUAGGACAUAAUGGUGCCGGGAAGACUACUUUGUUCAAUAUUUUGACUGGACUUACUGCGCCUACCUCAGGGACUGCGUAUAUUUUUGGUUAUGACGUGAGAAAUCAAAACGAAAUGGAUCAAGUUAGAAGAAUGACCGGUGUAUGUCCUCAACAUGACAUACUAUUUGAUAAUUUGACUCCAAAAGAGCAUUUGGAGUUUUUUGCUACAGUAAAGGGUAUUCCAUCCUCAAAAAUUGACGCAGAAGUGACCAGGACACUCCAAGACGUUGACUUAACAGACAAAAUAAACACUCCUGCUGUGCACUUGAGUGGAGGACAAAAACGUAAACUUUCAGUUGGUAUUGCUGUAAUAGGCGAUCCUAAGAUAAUAAUUCUUGACGAGCCGACCGCUGGCGUAGAUCCCUAUUCCAGAAGACACAUGUGGAACGUAUUGCAAAACCGACGACACGGCAAAGUGAUUUUGUUGACUACUCAUUUUAUGGAUGAAGCUGACAUUUUAGCUGACAGAAAAGCAGUGGUAUCUAAAGGAAGCAUAAGAUGUUGUGGUAGCUCACUUUUCUUAAAAAAUAAGUUUGGAAUUGGAUAUCAUCUUACAUUGGUACUUGAAGGAAAUUCCAAGGAACAAGCCAUAGCUAGAUUAGUUACCACCCACGUAUCCAAAGCUGAGAAAGCAAGAAGACAUGGAAGAGAGCUAAGCUUCAUUUUGCCCCACAACGCUGUAGAUCAUUUUGCGACUUUGUUUAGUGCUAUAGAGGCAGAGAUCAAUAAUAAAAAUAGUAAACUAGGAAUUUCGAGCUACGGUGUCUCAAUGACAACACUCGAAGAAGUAUUUCUACACCUGGAAAAAGCUGAAGACGAACCAGAUGAAGCUGUAGACAAUCUUUCAAAGAAAAUCGUAAGAAAUAGAGCACUGAGCAGAAGCUUGAGCCUCCAGAGUAAAAGCACUAGUUACCAGAGCUUGGAAAAUGAAGGCAAUUUGAUGAUUAAUGGACAAGAAACAAAAGGUGGUGGUGAUUUACAGGAAAUCGGUGGUCUGGAAGCAAUCUCAGAAACAAAAUCUCCAAUAUCAGGCAUUGGUCUUGAAAAAAUCGAAUGCACACCCAACGUUUGUCAAACUCUAUUAGCUCUCAUCAAACUAAGAGCACUAAGAAUGUGCCGUGACCUUCAGAAGCUGUACUUUAUGAUUUUAUUGCCUCUAGUGUGUGCCGCUUUAAGUUUGUAUUUUACUAGCUACUUUGAGAGCAACCACGUUACAGCUAUGCCUUUAGAGCUUAACAGUACGACUUAUGGAGAUAUGAGUACCAUUACUUUGUUUAAUGAUUCGUUAAGUGACAUUUCCAGUUUCAUUGAUCAAUUGACUCAGCUUGGAGUUAGAAAUGAUAUGUACAAUGGUAAUUUUUCGUCGUUAUUGAAAAUAGCGCCACAUUUAGGAGGUUUCAAUGUACAUACAUUUGAAGAAUGGGAUUAUAGCUUUACUGUAUUGUAUAAUGACACUUAUUUGCAUAGUAUGCCGAUAACUUUGAAUAUUUUGAGCAAUACUAUUUACAGACUGCUCACUCCAGACAAAGAAAACUUUGAACCCAUAAAAGUAAUGGCACAACCUUUCCAACAAACCAUGCAACCAGAAGGUGUCAACAUAGCUUCAACCACCCAAACCGUUUUUGUUGGCAUGGUUUUUGUAAUGGUGCCAGUGAGUUUGGCUGUUGAUUUAGUUUAUGAUCGAGAGCUGAAAACCAAAAAUCAACUGAGAGUCAAUGGUCUAUCAACCGUCAUGUACUUUAUGACAUACUUCAUAGUCCUCAUAGCAUUAAUGACUAUAAAAUGUAUAGCCUUAAUAAUAAUGAUGAUUUUAUUUGAUAUUCCUGCUCUAAGAGAAUGGCCAGCUAUAGUGGUUUUUAGUGUAUUAAUAUUAAUUUAUUGUCCGUCGUCAAUUUUAAGCUGCACUUGCAUCAGCUACAUUUUUGACAAAACGGAUUCUGCCCAGUCAAUUCUACCAAAUAUAGCCACGUUUAUUGGUUGGAUACCUUUCGUAUUUGUUGUCCUAUUGGACGUAAUCAAUACUGGGAAAACCAUAGCUUUAGCAGUUCAUAUGUUAUUUUCGGUAACCAACACCAUGUACAUUCCUUAUUCAAUAGUCUACAAUAUCCAACGAGUCUACAUGCUUUGCAAUGUCAAUUCAGCCUGUGAUACACUCACUUUAGCCAGCUAUUUUACUCCAGAAAUAGCAAUUUUACUUUUCGGAAUGCUCUUGAACAUUCCAUUUUGGUUCGUAAUGUUGAAGGUUGUAGAUAUAAAAAAGAGUGGAGGUAGAGCUAGAGAUGCUUUCAAGUUCCUGGCAAAAGCUAAGUAUGAAGACAGCCACAUCGAAGCUGAUGCAGCGGAUGUUGGUGAAAAUGAAGAUCAAGAUGUUAAGGCUGAAAGAGAAAAAGUUAAGAAUCUCACUCGUUCACCAAAUGUAACUCCUCCAGUUGUAAUGGUACAGGAUUUACACAAAGUUUACAAAAACAAACACAGCAAAAGCAAUUCUUGUUGCUCAUGUUGUUUUAAGCCAGAUGAAAAUGAAGAAAAAACUAAAGUUGCAGUUAAAAGUUUAUCAAUAGCAGUGGAUGCAGGUGAAGUUUUUGGUUUGUUAGGCCACAAUGGAGCUGGAAAAACAACUACAAUGAAAAUUAUUACUGCCGAAGAGGCUCCUACAAGAGGAAGAGUGUUUAUUGGCGGCCAAUCAAUAACUUCAAACUUAAACUCAGCUUUUCAAUUACUAGGAUACUGCCCUCAACAUGACGCUCUAUGGAGAAACAUAACUGUGCGUGAACAUUUGGAAACAUACGCUGCUAUUCGAGGAGUACCAUCAAGAGACAUCAAUAAAAUUGUGAACAGAUACAUUAAUGGCCUUCAAAUUCAAGACCAUGCAGACAAGCAAGUGAAAAUGUGCUCUGGUGGAACGAAAAGGAAAUUAAGCUUCGCAAUGUCUAUGGUGGGCAAUCCAAAGAUAGUACUCUUGGAUGAGCCUAGUACUGGAAUGGACCCCAGGAGUAAGAGGUUCCUGUGGGACACUAUAUUGGCCAGUUUCCAGGGUGCUAAGGGGGCAAUAUUGACAACUCACUCCAUGGAGGAAGCUGACGCUUUGUGCUCCAGAGUUGGGAUAACUGUUAAAGGAGAAUUAAGGUGUUUGGGUUCUACCCAACACUUGAAAAACCUUUAUGGAGCCGGAUAUACACUGGAAAUAAAACUUAAAAAUGGCGAUUCGACGCCGACGUCAGAUUCUGGUGAUAGGCAUCAAGACCUGAAGGAUUUUGUAGCAGGACUUUUCCCAGACGCUAAUCUGGAAGAAGCUUUUGUAGAUAGAUUAGUAUUUAGCGUACCUCAACAAAGUGUUCCAUCUUUAGCCAAUUGUUUUAUGCAGUUAGAAAAAGCAAGACUUGAAUUGGAUAUCGAGGAAUACAGUUUCAGUCAAACCACGUUGGAGCAAGUUUUCUUGAAAUUUGCGCAGUAUGACGAAAUCAACGGAGAAUAACCGUAAAAAAUUUAGAAUAAUUUAUUUUUGUAUUAUUGUAAUUUGUUAGCUUGUAAAUAACGUUUCGAAAAAUUCGUAACUAGUAGACUAGUAACGUUUAGUAAGUAGCACGCAACCAGAUUUAGGUUUUGAUCGUUUUUCAAAACGGAUCUAGGAAAAUUUGGAUUAUUAUGAAAACAAGGCUUUUCAACAGCAGUCGCCACAUUUAUUGUAAUUUUUUUAAAUUGAUUUAUUGAUGCCAAUAUUUGAAAAUCAAACUUUUCUGUAGAACUACGAAUAAUUGUAUGAUAAACUCUUUUACAUGAUAUCAUUAGAUUAGAACAGAAAAUUAGAAGAAUUCGACGUUCAAGAUUAGUUCACUGCUUAACUAAAUUUUGAAAAACAGCAUAAAAUGUCAACAGUGGAUGCAGUUCUGCCAAAUUUAGUUUUGUAUUUAAUUUAUUAUAAUAUAGGUACAUACUUUUCAAGUGAAUAGGUACAACAGCUAUAUGGCAUCACAAUGUUGCCACUUUGUUGAUCAGUGACUUUUCUUUAACAAAAAAAAAAUAGUAAUGAAAACGUCGUAUAAAUUGUAGAUACAUUUAGCUUAGACACAAAAAGAUAAAUGAGUUAGGAAGUGAUAUAGGGUUUAAAAUGGAGUUUUGGAAGCAUGUUUCAGGUUUAUUUGAAACUACUUGGUUUAGGCUGGAAUGUUUUUUUUUUUUUUUUUGCCGUUUACCUAUAAGAGUGUUAAGCGGAAAUUGUUAAUAAAUUCAAAUUUCAUGCUAUAUUGAGUGUCCAAAAGAUAGAUUUUGAGCAAGACAUUUUUUGUAUUGCCUGUACGUUGCAAUACAAACAUUUACUGACUAAUUUAAUUAGGUAGAUAUUUUUUGCUCACUCAUUGUAUAUUUAUUUCCAGUAUUAUCAUUUUAAAUAAAUCAAACUACUUUUAUUGUAGUUUUAUUCAUUCAUUUUUUUUUUAGAACAAUUAAUUAAUUAUAAUGGGAAAAUGAUAAAAGCAAAAAAGAAAUUAUUCGUUUGUAAAUUGUAUUGUGCUCACAAUAUAAAAGUCAUGAUUCAGUUUAUACUCUAUUGUUUUAUUGCUUUUAACUUGGAUCCUUAGAAAAUCUGUUGAUUUUAGAUUAUUUAUUGCAAUUUUGACUGGUGUAAAUCACAAAAUAAAUUUGUAUUUGUGCAUAAAAAUCAUCUAGAUGACCCAAUUGUUUCUUAUAAUCUAUUAUUGAUUUGUACAGCAAUUAUAAAAGUUCGAAUUUUCUAACGUACCUACAUAUGAAAACUUUAAAGGCUUGAAGUUUUUGACUGUCAUGCUAAGGAACGAUUAGAUUCGGCAAUAAAAUGGAAUUAUCAAUUAUUUAAUCUUUACAAUUAUUAUUGUAACUUAUCAAGAAAACUGACAUUAAUAAAAAUGUUGCUACUUUGUAGA